CCCAUAGCCCCGAUGUGGCGAAAAAGACUGACUGAUUCAACAUAAUGCCCGCAUUAAGGUAUAAAACUUGCCGUCUACUUUCAGGAAAUGUUCGGAAUAAGGAACUUACAAUAGUUCAACGCCGCAUUCUCCGAAAUUUGAGAAUGAAGAAAAGAUCUAUUAAGAAAAAGAUUUAUCCUAGAAAAAACCGUAACAGUUACAUACAAUUACAAACUACACGAAAGUUGUCCCUUUUUCAUGGUAAUUUACCCAUCACAAAGAUGCACAGAAGAACAAAACGAACUUCAUAUAUCCCUUUUCUACUCAAUCCAGAAACAAGAUUGGACGUUAUUCUGGUUCGUCUACAUUUUUGUGAAACUAUUCCUCAAGCAAGGCAGCCGAUAAGUCAUCGAAAAGUGUGUGUGAAUAAUGGAAUAGUAAACAUUCGUCAUUUGAAAGUUUCCCACGGCGAUAUAAUAUCUUUUCAAGAAAAUUACGCGAGAACCCGCGGUAAAGAAAUAAGGAGAUUUUUCUAUAUCAAAAUAUCAGUUGAAAAAAUCAUAGGCAAAUUAAGGGUUCACCGGGUAAGAAUGCGGAGAAGAAGCAAAACAGAAUGGUUCCGCCGAGUAAGAAUGUGGAGAAGAAGCAAAACGGAAUGGUUCCGCCGACUCAAAACUAAGAAGAAAUGCCGCCUACUACUAAAAGACAAAGACCAGUUUUUGCAAAAGUUACAUUCUUCUAUGCAAAAAGAAGACUUAAAAAGAACAAAGAAGUUUGGAUCCGACGCUGAGCACAACAGAAUGAAGAGGAAUUUUGAUCACUCCGUGACCUUAUCGAAGAAGAGAAGGAAGAGAAGAAUCAAAAGGAUAGAACUACCUACUCAUUAUUCGGAGGUCAAUCAUAGAACACUAAAAGCUGUGGUAUCUUAUGGACCUAACAUAGAUCACAUCCCUCACCACAUAAGAUUGAAAGAUCCAAACCUUCCUCUUCGGAGCGGAAAGGGGCGUGGCCAAAACACAUAAAGAUCGGCGUAGUAGCUCAUAGGGACAUAACAUAUCUAUCCGGAUAGAGAUAAGGACAGGGAUCCAUCUAGAUAAAAUAUUGAACCGGUUUUCUUUUUUUUCUUGAUUCUGAUUGAUUUUUUUUUACGACAAGUUUGAAAUCUUAAUGCAGGCAAGGUCAAAUUCACUUAGAAGAACAAGUAAGGAAACUUUCUAUUAUUUCUGGGUCGGAGCGUAGACGGGCGAGCAGAGCCCAGGAAAGAGGGAAGCCCUCAUAGAGCAGUCUUCUACUUCUAGUCGACUGCUGCCCUGAGAGAAGGUGGCCUCCCUCGGGAAACAUGGCCCAAUUUCUCUUCUUUCUUUUUGAUU